UCCUUUGGCCAGAGUAGUGAGAGGAUUCCGUGUUGCAGGCGGCGGGACUGGAUGUGGUUGUGGCCCUAGGCUCCCUACGCACCCCUUCCUUCGUACCCACUCGGUUUCUUCAACGCGCGGAGGGUGUUUCCGGCGGGCCACGUUAGGUGUGACACCAGCAGUGCCCGCUUGCCCGCGCUUUUCAGUCUGCGGCGUUUCCUUCUGCGGAUUUGUCUGUUCUCGGAAGAGGCUGCUUAGUUCAUUUUGUCUAGCGGCGGUGGUGCCUCCCUGAGACUCGAAAUGCCUGUUAAGAGAUCACUGAAAUUGGAUGAUCAGUUAGAAGAAAAUUUAUUUGAUCCUUCAAAAAUCACGAAGAAGAAAAGUAUUACAGCUUAUUCUCCAACGACUGGAACUUGUCAAAUGAGUCCAUUUUCUUCUCCCACAAGCUCUAAAGAACAAGAACCCAGAAACGGGCCAUCAAAUGGAAAGAGAAAAAAAUCAAAUCACCUCAGUUUAAGUGAAAGAAAGGAAUCUACAAUAAAAGACAAUGAUAGAUUCAUGGUGUUGCUAUCUAAAGUUGAGACAUCAUCAGAAGAAAUCAUGGAAAUAAUGAAAAAUUUAAGUAAUAUAAAGGCUUUAGAGGGCAAUAGAGAGCUUGAAAAUCUCAUUAGCAUCUCCCGUACAUCAUGUUUCUUAAAAAGAGAAGUGGAAAAAACCAAAGAACUAGUGACAAAAAUAACAAAACAAAAGCUGUUUGAAAAGAAGAGUUCAAUACUUCCUCACAAAGAAUUAUGUCACCUUGACAGCUACGAAUUCCUUAAAACCAUUUUAAACUAAGAUACUUAGAAGAAAUGCUGUCACUAUGAGCACAACUACUGCAUCUGCCUGAUCAUAUUUAAAGGAACAGAAGAAAUAUUUGUAAUUAAUCUGCCCAGUAAAUACCAGCUCAUAGCACUAGGCAGGUGCAAGUCUAGAUAAAAUUUCUUGCAGCUAAUUUAAACUUUCUACACACAUCAGUAGAUAAUCUUAAUGUAAAUAUUACAUUUCUUCUUGACCCUUUAAUGUAAGCCAGCAUGUACAGGUGGAUCUUGACUUAUAUUCUGUAUAUGUUUCUGUAUACUUUUAGCAUUUGUGGACAUACUUACUGAAGCAUGUAGGAAAAUAAUUCUGCUUCUAGUAGAGCCAAAUAUUUUCUUGGAACUCAGAUUAAAUCUAAUAGUGAGUUGAACUAGGUACCACUUUUUCCACUUCAUGCCACAGCUGCUUAUUAAUUUAUAGGUUUUCUAAAAAAAUGUUUAAAAAUGUAUUUAGAAGCUUAUUGCAUAGCCACUAUCUCAGGGAUGAGUUUUAUUAUUAUUAUUAUAUGCUAGUUUUUUUCUAUGCUUGUAGAGAAAAAUACUUUCAAAGUUUUAAAUUCCACACCUUUUAUAAAAUAUUGUAGUGCAUUUUUUCAGUACAUACAUUUGAAUAUGAAGUUGUUUUUUAACUGAAUUACAUAACCUCCAAUAAAUUUUAAAAAAGACCUUUAUUAUGGGGCAGUAUGUAAUCCCUUCCAAAUUAUUUAAAUUCUACUAUUCUGUGUUGCUUUUAUCACUAUUUGUAUUGUUCACAAAAUAAGUAAGUACUAAAGUACAUGGCAAAAGUGUGUUUAAAUCAUUUAAGUGAUGCAUGAGAAAUAUAUUCAUUUGGAAUUUAAUUCUUGAUGAUGUAAUAAUCAUCUUUUGUAUCCUGCAGACACUUAGAAAAAUCACAAAACACGUAUUGUGUGUGUGUGUGUGUGUGUGUGUGUGUGUGUGUGUGUGUGCAUGCACGCAUGCACACGGGGUGGGGGGUAAUAGGGAUGGCUCCCUGGGUCUUACUUAUGCUGGGCAAGCACUCUACCACUGACUAUACCCCUCAGCUCUGAAUAUGUCAUACCUUGAUAACAUAGAUUUUUAAAAAUCUAUAGUUUUCUUUAAAAAUCUAUAGGGGCAAAAUACUAUUCCCAAAAUUUGUGUGUCAUUUGAUGAUGUCAUGAAAAUAAAAGUACUAUGUGAAAAUAUGAAACCAUUUAACAACUUAAGGUGGAAAAUAACCCAUUUUCCACUUAAAUUUCAGAUUUAUAUCUUAAAGUGUUUUUUUAAACUAUUCAUAUAAAUUACAUAGGUACUAAACAGUAAUCCAAUUAACUGUUAAACUUAACUGCCUUUAUUAGUGAUUUUCUUGGUACUAUUUAAAUGUUUUAAGAUGAUCUGUUUGCUAAAUAUUAAGAAUACUUCAAAAUAUACUAAAAAGGAUUGUUCAAGCAUUGAAAACUAACUUCAGGAUAUAAGCCAAAACAUUUUAUAAAGUAACCUAUAUUAGGAAACAAAGGGUUAAGAAGUAGAUUGGUUUCAUAUGUAAUCCAAGUUAUGUAGCUAUGUGCUUAAUGCUCUUAAACCAGUUACUGUAUGUUUGACCUCUUGAUAUACUAAGCUUUUGCCUUUCAGAACAGCUGGGUUGCUAAGAAUCAUUUCCCAGUUCUCUUCAUUGUAGAUCAGAUGACUCUCGCUUUAUCACCCUUGGAGGCUGCAUGAAGGACAAAGCAGAAAGAUCCACACACAAAACUAAUGUUUAUAUGGGGGGAGGAGCAUGGGGGAUAUUCUUGGCCCUGAUCUUCCAAUGAACAUAACAGAAGAGGGACCAAUUGAGACUUGAAACCAUUGUGUUACUACAACCAUUAUUUAGUUAUAACCUAUCCAUCUCUUACUCUCUAUCUAUUGAACAGAGAGGCUCUUUUGGCUGCCCUGACUUUUGUAAAUGUUUCACUCACUUAUUUGUGGUUUAUCAUUUGGACAGAAUGCUACAUCGGGGAUUUUCUCCCCUCCCUAAAGCCUCAAGGGAAAAAUGACUUCUGUUUGCUUCAUAUAUGAUACAUGAACAUUCUCCCUAUUCUCUUCCUUGCUUUAAGAAGCAAACCUACAUUUAUUGGCAAUGGGGAAAACCACUUCUCAGAAAUGCCUUUUCCCUCUAAAAUAUACUUAGAAAUAAUAUAGAAGUGCUCAUUUUUUGAUAGAUACAUUAGUGGGAAAAAGUGAGAAGUCUUUCUACAAUUUUGAAUAAUCUAAAUAUAUUCAAACAUCCCUAUAAUCCUUAGUCUAGCUGAAAUGCUUUGGAAUAGUCCACUUUUGCAAUCUUAUUAAUUCAGCACUGGAUAUACUUGGCAUUUUGGAACCUAAUUUUUCUAAGUUCAAAAUAAAUUUAUUAGUUUCUAAUAUGAGAGAUACUGGACUUAUAAUUGCUGUAAGUCUCCUUAGAAGCUAUAAUAUAAUUCUUGAUGAUUUAGAUUAUUUAGAUUAAUUCAUCUAAAAAAUGUAUUUUUAUAGAAUACCACUGUAAGACAUCCUGAAUACAGGUGUUAAGGUGUUAUUACUUAUAUAAUACUUUUAUUUUCAAAUAGAUUUCUCUACUUCAGUUAUUUGUAACUCAAAAUUUUCUUAUCACUAAUGUAAAUCAAUAUCCUAUGUUAAACACAAAUACACUAUAAUAAAAAUUUAAAAAACAACAACAACAAAAAAAAAACAAAGGCAAUGCCAGCCAGCCAAGAUGCUGACAUUUGGGCACAGUGAUUACAGAUGGUGACCAUGGACAGCGAUGUUCCUGCUGAAUCGGCAGUGACUCAAGGCUGCUUUUCUGUGCUGACCUGCCCUCUGUGUCUUUAUGCACAUUUGCUUUGAGAAAGAAAUACGUCUCGAUUUUUGCUUUGUCUAAACCCCUUUCCUAAUUUUUCAGACUUAGAAACACAUACCUUCUUGUAUCAGCCUAUGGCUAGCUCAUAUCCAGAACCAAAUUGUCUUUGUAUAUGGUAUGACCUAACAAUGUUUUAAAAUACCUCUGAAUAUCCUUUAG